AUGGUGAAUAUCAAGGAAGCCGCCCGAGCCGCGAUAACGGCCUACGGCCUCGCCACAGAACAGGGCGGGAACGCCUCUGUGCCGUUACGAGACGUUGCCGAUUCAGUGGCCUCUUUCUACCUGGCCAACUUUACGAGCUUCACCCUCGGCGGCAUCACUACCUUAGAAAACCAUGACAUCGCCACGUCAGGCGUGCUGAAGCAACUCCAACGACUGAACCAAAGUGGACUCGGUACAGACAUCCGGCUUUGCAGUGGCCGAGUCGAUGUUGUUUCUUCCCAAAGCGCUCUUUGCUGGGUGACAUUUGAAAUCACGCCCCGGACAGACAAGAUCGAAAAGUGGUCAUGGACCAAUGUCUAUGGAUUUCGACUGGAAAAGGGACGAAGCAACGGCCUUGAGGGUGGAUGGGAGUCUACCAAUGCCGACCAGGAAUUCCAGACACUAUUAGAAAGAGUACCGGACUUUUACGCGGGGGGGACCGUUUGA